CCACGUCAUUCUCCCGGUGUGGACAGAGGAACCCCGGUCUGGAUAACUGGCUCUGCAACGGUAAAAGAAAAAUAAGUUAUUAAGAAGGCCAGUGGAGAAUGACGGUGGUCCCUGGGGAGUAUUAGGAUUCAAAGAAAGGCACCAACAUCUGUGUUUAACGGAUGGAAACAAACUAUGUGCCACUGGAAGAAUAAAGGCAUAGUCUUCACUGUAACACAAAAGACAACGCACAGACAUGAUGUUAAUGUAAUGUCAAUGGACUCUACUAAAUAACUCAAUGCAUGACGGCAGAGAAAAUAAAGACGUUUUGGACUGCGCUAUUUGUGGAAUGGGCCUUGGGUUUAGAGGCUCCAAGCUAUUUGGCUUGACUUUCUUUGAAGAUGGUUUUGUGGAGGGUUAAACCCGUACUCCUCCCUCUCUCUGAUGCCUGUCGCUCUUUCAUUCUGCCCAGGAAAGGCUGUACGUCACUGUGGGUGCAGAUAUAAAAUAGUCUUUGGCUGUAUCUUGCCUUCUGCAGCACUGGACAGUAAUUCAUGUCAGUGAUGAGAGCAUUUUUAGCUGUUGUCUUGUAACGUGUUGGUGGCGACGUGUUGGUGUUUAAACUUGUGGACAUCCAGGAUUCACAUUGCUGGCACUUUCUGACUACUGCUUGGCCAUACCAUGUGGACAUGGAUGUUUUCUUCACUGAUUGUUUGUGUUUUAUUGCCGCACAUCAGUGGAUUCCAGCAAGAGGACACUCAAGCUGGUUGUAGCACAACUCCCAAUGACCUUGCGUUCAUCAUUGAUGGCUCCUCGAGCUUGGGGAUCCCUAAUUUUGAAACAGCCAAGCGCUGGCUCAUCAACAUCACCAGUGGCUUUGACGUGAGCACCAGGCACACUCAGGUGGCCGUCGUCCAGUACAGCGAUACCCCUCGACUGGAGAUUCCCCUGGGAAAGCAUCAGAACAAUCAGGAACUCAUCGAGGCCAUCUCCUCCAUCUCAUACCUGGGGGGCAACACGCGGACUGGGCGUGCCAUCAAGUUUGCCACAGACCACGUCUUCGGGAUGCCAAACCGCACCUCCUUGUCUCCGAGAAACCGAAUCGCAGUGGUUCUCACCGAUGGACGUUCGCAGGAUGACGUUGAGGAUGCUGCCAUGGAGGCCAGGGCACAGAAUAUUGUUCUGUUUGCAGUCGGUGUGGGAAAUGAGAUCACUAACACUGAGUUGGUGUCUGUGGCCAACAAGCCACCCUCUACUUAUGUGCUGCACGUGGAGGACUAUAAAUCCAUUGCAAGCAUUUGGGACCUGAUGGAGCAGAAACUGUGUGAGGAAUCGGUGUGUCCGAUGCGGAUCCCUGGGACAGUGAACGAUCAGAAGGGCUUUGAUCUAAUGAGCCUGAUGAAGAUCGAGCAGUUGGCUCAGAAGGUUCAGGGCUCUUUGAUAUCAGAAAGAGCAUCACAGCUCAGCCCUCGAAUGGAUAUCACCCACAACACCAGAGAGAUCUUUCCUGAAGGCCUUCCACCAGCUUUUGUGUUUGUGGCCACUCUGCGCUUGAAGAACCCAGCUCACUGGAUGAAGUUUGACCUAUUAAGGGUGUUAUCUCAGGAUGGGGUUAAGCAGAUCGCUGUGACUGUGAACGGAGCAGACAAAUCUGUCACUUUCACCUCCACCAGCACUCUGAAGAAUGAGCAGACAGUCAUAUUUAAUGACAGAGGCAUCAAGAGGCUCUUUGACACAGAUUGGCACCAGCUGAAGUUCCUGGUGAGGCCCAAACGCAUCACUUGCUUUGUAGAUGGCGCAUACGUGGAGGAGCAGCUCCUGGAUCCAGUUGUUCCCAUCUACAUUAAUGGAAAAACUCAGGUUGCCAAGAAAAUCAAUAUUGACACUACAGUCCCUAUAAUACUGCAGAAGUUACGCAUCUACUGUGAUCCCCGUCAAAGCGAGCGAGAGACAGCAUGUGAAAUUUACUCUGUGGAUGAUGACAGGUGUCCUUCGGAUCGCUCUCCUGCUUUUGAAGGUUGCGACUGUCCUAGUGGUAAACCUGGUCUGCCCGGUCUUCCUGGACCUAUGGGUUUUAGAGGGGAAAAAGGCAGAGAAGGACCUCCUGGCCCUGAUGGUAAACCUGGGAAACCAGGAGAAAAGGGAGCAUUUGGAGAGCCUGGUCGAGAUGGCCAGAAAGGUGAAGCAGGUGAACCAGGACAGAAGGGGGAGCGAGGAUUGGAAGGAUCUAAAGGUGAAAUGGGACCACCAGGGCCACCAGGGCCUUCAGGACCAAUAGGGACUGGCUUCUCAAAAUUGGAUUUAGAUGACUUGGCAGUUCAAGGAAGCAAGGGAAUGCCAGGAGAACCAGGGGAAAUGGGACCACCCGGGAAACCCGGACUGAAUGGUGAACCUGGGAAACCUGGUCAACCUGGACUACCAGGACUUGCUGGUCCCAAGGGAGAGAAAGGAGAUGCUGGUUUGGUGGGAUCAGAUGGACAACCAGGAAUGCCUGGUAUGCGGGGGCUUCCUGGAGAGAUAGGCCCUGCUGGACCUCAAGGUGAGCGAGGCAUGCCAGGACCAGCAGGUUUUACUGGACCAACAGGGCAGCAGGGACCCCCAGGCCCAGUUGGCCCACCUGGCAUAGAAGGUCCUCCAGGUCUAAAAGGGAAUUCUGGCUCUCGCGGACAGGAUGGGCUCCCUGGACCACCUGGCGCUAAAGGUUCAGAUGGAGAGCAUGGCAUUCAAGGUCCCCCUGGCAUUAGAGGUCUACCAGGGUUUAAAGGUUAUAAGGGUGACGCAGGAUCAUCUGGACCAAAGGGAAGUCAGGGUGAGAAAGGAAACCAGGGAGAACCUGGAGUUGCAGGAAAACAUGGUGAACCGGGCCUGAUAGGAAACAAAGGAGAGCCAGGUUUAGCAGGGGAGCCUGGGAGCAGAGGGGCUGAUGGGAAAAAGGGAGAUGUGGGUCCAUCAGGGCCACCUGGAUCUCAAGGCUUUCCCGGUCUAGACGGCUUACCGGGGCAACCAGGACUUCCAGGUUAUCCAGGAAAACCAGGCAAAGCACCUUCAGAAGAGCAGCUUAUGAAGAUCUGUGCUUCAGUGCUACAGAGCCAGCUGCCACAGCUCCUGCAGGUGAUGGGCCAAAGCAGCUGCCAACACUGUGAAACCAAACAAGGACCACCAGGCGAUCCAGGUCCCCCAGGCCCUACUGGCCCAUCUGGACCCCCCGGGUUUCCCGGCAGGGCAGGGUCUCCAGGCUACCCGGGACCUCCAGGGAGCAGGGGACCUGAAGGGGUGAAAGGUGAUAUUGGCCCAAUGGGUAUGAAAGGUGCUAAAGGACAGGGUGAAAUGGGGUUGCCUGGUCCACCUGGCCCGGCAGGUUUGCAGGGCCCACGUGGGGAUGACGGUGAGGGAUAUCCUGGGCAAUCUGGCCCACCAGGGAAACCUGGCACUCCGGGCAUCCCAGGCAAACGUGGGCCCCCGGGAGCCAUGGGGGUUUGUGACCCGUCCUCUUGUUAUCAAGCUUAUGGCUUUCGAGACGACCCUUUCAGGAAAGGACCUAACUUUUAGCAUCGGGAUCGUACUGAUUCUAUGCAAUCUUUUCUCUCUCAAAUGGACAUUUCUGAUGCUCAGCGUUGACCUCAAGAUCUCAUAACCUCUAAAGAACGAUGUUCUUGACUUUAAAUAUGUGACGUGUUUUUCUAUCUGAGAAUCUUGUGUUGAAUGUGUUAAAAUAUCUCAUCUGCUCUUUUCCUUACAGAAAACUGCUGUUGAGCUUCAAAGAAGCAGUCAGUAGAACUCAUGCAAUAGAUUCCAAGUCUUCCAAAGCCUUGGACUAAAAAUUCAAUCAUUAUUUGGUGAAAAUGCGCUCAAACAUCAUGCAUGUUCACAUACUGUACAUCACUGAUUCUCUCAUGUCCUGUGACCAAUUUCAUUUUCAUUUUCAACUUUUGACUUUGUUUUUGAGUGAAUUGUUCCUUUAAAGAAAAAUUGCUAUACUGUAUCCACUGCACUGCCCUAGGCAAGCUACCUCUGUAUAGGAUGUGAAGCAAUUUCUACCGGCUACAUGUUCAAAUUUGAGAAUACUUCUACUCAAGGGCUAUUAGUUUUUAUAGGAACAUUUUUACUACUACAGCAUUUUUUUAAUUAGUAUUAGUAUUAUUUAAUUCUACUUUAAGAAUUUGUCUUGUAGACUGUAGCAUUAAUAGUGUAGUUUUGGCAUGUCUUUGUUUGACUGGAUCGCUUUGUGCGAAGAGUAGCAAUUAACAUCUAUUUAUUAUUUAAUGUUUCCUGUUCAUGAUCUUUUUUUUAUUGAUGCACGUAGGAUUCUAGCCUCGUCAUGUUUUUUUUAUCAUGUCAUUUGUGCAGCUGACAAAUUACAAUAAAUAUUUUAAAAAUUUGAAUAAUUUCUUGAUCAUUUUACUUCUUGGUAAAAUUAUACACCAUGACAUUUUACAAACAUUGACCAAAAACCUGUGAAGGCGGUGUGGUC